AUGGCCAGUGGCGGCCAAUCUCCUCGCCGUAGGAGAGAAAAGGUCGCAACGGCUACAUCCAAGGGCACGGUGGAUGAAUUCAGUCAAAGCAAUACAUAUAGACAGCUCGAUUCCACCUUGAAAUCCGCCUUCCAGUCCACAACACAACAAACACGAAGUACCAAGAACAACCUCAUUCGAAGCUUCAUCCGAGAAUUCAGAGUAGCAUACGAGCUCUCCUAUCUAGUCACAACCUACAUCUUUCACCCACUACAGUUCGUCGAGAUCUGGUUACCUUUUCUCACGAUGGGCAUCUUCAGCACCCCCAACCCUUUUAAACCCUCCACCAGCAUCCCAUCCCUCGCCAACACAAGUGAUCCUCGUCACUGGCGGCAACGGCGGGCUAGGCAAAGAGGCCAUCCUUCAACUCGCUCAACAUGGCGGCCCAGCAAGAUCUACAUGGGCGCCCGCUCCGCCGACAAAGCCACGGCCGCCAUCAAUUCCAUCCGCAGCAACCUCACCAAUCCUACCACAGAGAUCGUUCACCUCCCGCUAGACCUCAACUCUCUUGCCUCAGUUCGCGAAGCAGCCUCCAUUGUCAAAUCCAAGGAAACCCGUCUAGACAUCCUCAUGCUCAACGCCGGCAUCAUGGCAACACCCCUAGCCAAAACCGAACAGGGCUUCGAGCAACAAGUCGGCGUCAACCACAUCGGCCACUUCUACCUGACCCAACAACUCCUCCCGCUCCUCACCUCCACCGCCAAGCUGCCCAAUGCCGACGUCCGUGUCGUCUCCCUCACCUCCGAAGCAUACAACCUUGGCCCCUCCAGCAUCGCCCAGAUCGCCUCCAACGAGAAACUCCUCAAACAGUCUCCCUGGUCCCGCUACGGCGCCUCCAAAGCCGCCAACAUCCUCUUCGCGGCCGAGCUUGCUCGUCGGUAUCCACAGUUCACCACAGCAAGCGUGCAUCCGGGAAUCAUCAUGACCGAUCUGCACACCGCUGGGCAGGAGAGCUACAGUUUUGUAGGGUGGUUCAUGAAGUUGGCGGCGCCGAUCAUCGCGACGGAUGUGCCCAGGGGCACGUAUAAUCAGUUGUGGGCUGCGACAGCGAAGAAAGAGGAAAUCCAGAAUGGCAACUACUACACACCGGUCGGGAAGCGGCAGGGAAACGUCAAGUGGGCGAACGACAAGGAGGCCGGGAGCAGGUUGUGGCAGUGGAGUGAGGAGGAGAUCAAGCGCGUGGGAUUCUGA